UUCCAGGAUACGAAAGAAGCCUCUGUUGAUCCACCAUUGUCCGCUGAUACAGCAAGCGAAGAUAAUGUAGGAGAGGUGGUGGAAGUGCACAAUAAUUCGGGAUUUCACCGUACCUUCACUCCUAGACAAAUUCACGCUAUUUCUCUCGGAGGCCAGAUUGGCGCCGGUCUCUUCAUUUCCACAGGGUCGAAUUUACGCGAUGGUGGCCCCGGCUCCCUUUUCCUGGGGUUUGCAGUUGUGUGUUCGUGUGUAUGGGCAGUCCUCCAGACAGUCAGUGAAAUGACAAUCAGUUUUCCUACCUCUGGUAAUUUUAUCGACUAUGCCGAUCGCUUUGUUGACCCAGCUUUGGCCUUUGCUGCUGGCUUUUCAAUGUGGAUUGGCUGGACGGCUAUUAUCGCGUCGGAAGCAACUUUCUUCUCGGUUGUUGUGAAUUACUGGGCAAAGGAGGCCGUUCCUGAAGUUGUUUGGUUAACCAUCUUCUUGGUUCUAAUGUUUAUCAUUUUCAGCCUGCCCAAUGUCGUUUUCGGCUGGUUUGAAUACUUUACCUCCAUUCUAAAGAUCCUUGUCUUGAUCAUAUUCAUCAUUGUUGGUAUCGCGAUCAUAUUUGGCGCCGGUCCAGAGGGCUCAAUGUACCAUGGUGAUACAUGGCAAGAUGGGAAAGCCUUCUUGAAUGGGUUCAAGGGGUUUGGAAACAGUGUUCUGCUAGCCAUUCUAGCAAUUGGAGAUAACACUUUCACAGGUUUCCUUGCUGGAGAGUCUAAGAGCCCCCGCUUCUCUGUGGCCCAUGCUGUCUUCCUGAUUCCCAUUCGCGUUUCAGUCUUCUAUCUCACGUCGGUAGUACUGAUAGGUAUCUUGAUUUCUCCCACCAACAAAAAUCUCCUGGGUAGUAGCGGUGUCGCUGCAUCACCAUUCGUCAUCGCAAUUGAUCAGGCUGGGAUACCAGGUCUCCCGGAUUUCCUCAACGUGGUCAUCAUGUUCGCGGUGGCCGCCAUUGCAGCAGAAAGCUUUUAUAUCGCUUCGCGAAUUCUUCAAACAAUGGCACAUCAAGGCCUAAUAUCCUCCUGGGUAGCGAAAGUGGACUCACGGGGACGUCCCCGGGCAGCGCUGGCCAUAACGAGCUUUCUCUGUAUCGUUCUCACAUACAUCAAUCUCAGUGGACAAGGUACAACGGUGUUUAAUUGGUUGGCGCAAAUCGCUAGCACGGGAUACUUCAUGGUUUGGUUUGUUAUUUCCAUCACGUCGUUUCGCUUUCGAGCGGCUCUCAAGGCCCAGAAUGAUCCGCUCUUCACACAGAUUUAUGCUUGGAGGUGCAGUAUCUGGCCAUUUCCUACGAUUUGGCUUCUUACGUGCUGUUGCUUUUACAUUGCUUGCUCUUUGUACCUGGCAUUAUAUCCUAUUGGAUCCGAUACGCCGACUGCCUACUACUUCUUCCAAUAUAUGUUUGGCCUGAUCCUGAUUUUGUUCAGUGGACUGGCCUAUAAACUCAUCUUCCGAACCAAACUUCGUGAUCCUCGCAAGGUAGAUUUGCAAACUGGACGAAGAGCACUUCUGAUAGAAGAGAUCAAAGAGUUGGAUGACUAUGAGAAAAUGCCUGGAUGGAGGAAAUUUCUUUCUUUCGUUCAAUUAUGGUAG